AUGCCCGGCCUCGCGACAGGGAAGGUGCUGGUUUCGGGUGCCAGCGGGUUCAUCGCCGCGUGGGUCGUUCGCUCCCUGCUUGAAGCCGGAUUCUCCGUGCGAGGGACUGUCCGCUCCGAGAACAAGACCGUGUAUCUGAAAAAGGAAUUUGCCUCGUAUGGGGACGCGUUCGAGCUCGUGGUGGUCCCAGACAUAGCAGCAGAAGGCGCGUUUGACGAAGCUGUGCGGGGAGUCGAUGCUGUCGCACAUACGGCUUCUCCUUUCCGGCUUGACGCGGUGGACCCAGAUGAACUCAUCCUACCAGCGAUACGGGGCACAGUCGGAAUGCUCAAAAGUGUUCUCAAACAUGGGUCUGGUGUUAAACGCGUCGUCAUUACGGGCUCCUGUGCAUCCGUGAUUCAUGCCGACCCUGAGCCAAAAACAUUCAGUGAGGUCGAUUGGAACGAGCAGUCUCCGAAAGAGGUCGAAGAGAUGGGUCGAGAAACGCCCGGCAUGACGAAGUACUUUGCAUCCAAGACUCUAGCAGAGCGAGCCGCGUGGAACUUUAUGAAGGAAUACAAGUCGCAAAUGAACUGGGAUUUAGUUGUCAUCAAUCCGCCAUUCGUCUUCGGGCCCACGAUUCACGAUGUUACCACACCUUCCAUGCUCAAUACCUCCACGUCACACUUCUUCACCAUGCUCACAGACCCCUCCACCAGUGCCUCGUCGCCUCUGGCUACUUUUCGCAGCGGCGCGGCCUGGAUCGACGUCCGUGAUCUCGGAACAGCACAUGUUCGCGCAUUCCAGAACGAGGAGGCUGGCGGAGAGAGGAUCAUCGUCACUGAAGGCUCUUAUGUAUGGCAAAACUUUCUUGAUGAAGCGCCAGAGGUAUCGCCGAAGGGAUUGAGAUACCAGAAAGGCAUUUCGGGCUGUGAUAUUGAGCCUCCGGUGGUGCACCACGUCCAAUACGACACUCGAAAAGCAGCCAAAUUGCUUGGUAUUCCAGUCAAGAGUGGGUACCGAAGCAUCGGAGAAACGGUCCGAGAUACCGUGGCAGACUGGGAGGCUCGUGGAUGGGUUUGA